CCAGUGAGAAGCAGAUCCUGAGCUCAAGUCAGUCGCUGUUGUGGCUGCGAGGCAGCCCAGUCGGUUAGUCAGUCAGUCCUCUCCGGUUGAACGGCGAUUCAGCCUGAGGUUAACCACAAGUAUUUUAAACUAACCGACCAACCGAUAAAACAACUACUGCCGGCGUCCCGUGAACAAACUCCGGUGCUGUACCACACCUUUACUCCUGCAGGUGCCGAAGAAGCAGCGAGUAGAAAGUACCAGAAGAACCACUAGUGGAAAGAGUUGGUGGUGAAUGUCGGCAGGAUGUCCAGCCAGUUGACCGUUUCUUUGUGAAUGGAUUAGAGGUGAGUUGUGACCAUGCGCUGCCUGGCUGCUCGGGUUAACUACAAGACCCUCAUCGUAAUCUGCGCCCUCUUCACACUCAUCACUGUGUUGCUAUGGAACCGCUGCUCCAGCGACACCUCCCUUCACUUCCUGCCCCGUGCUGCCUUUGUGGCUCCGAGUCCCAAGGUGGGGGAUGCUAGCAUCAGCAGCCAACAACACCCUCCGCAACCUCCAGAACCCCCACCUGUCGUUGGUGUCGUCAACGGGCUCAAGUAUGAAGAAAUCGACUGCUUGAUCAAUGAUGAAUCUACAGUCAAAGGCCGGCGGGAGGGUGGAGAGAUCUAUCUGCCCUUCAGUUGGAUGGAGAAAUACUUUGAGGUGUAUGGCAAAGUAGUGCAGUACGAUGGCUACGAUCGUUUCGAGUUCCAGCACAGCUACUCGAAGGUUUACGCACAGCGUGAGCCCUAUCACCCAGACGGGGUCUUCAUGUCAUUUGAGGGAUACAACGUGGAGGUCCGCGACCGUGUCAAGUGUAUAAGUGGAGUAGAAGGUGUUCCACUGUCCACUCAGUGGGGUCCUCAGGGCUACUUCUACGCCAUCCAGAUUGCCCAGUACGGCUUAAGCCACUACAGCAAAAACCUGACUGAGCGCCCACCCCACGUGGAGGUCUACGAUACAGCCGAAGAGAGAGAUAGCCGGGCCAGCACAGCGCCCUGGAGUGUGCCGAAAGGUUGCGGUCUCAGCCGUGUCCACGACAAGACCCGUGCUACCUCCGUGCGUCAGUUCAGUGCUUCAGAGUCCUCAGAAGGCGUGUCCCUGCAGCUGGGUAACUCCAAAGACUUCAUCCUCAGCUUGGACAUCAAGUUCAUCGCCAACGGCAGUGUGUCUGUGGUCCUCGAGACCACGGAGAAAGGGCCGCCCUUCACCAUCCACUACGUGACCAGCACGCAGCUCAUCGCCUUCAAAGAUCGUGAAAUCACCUACGGCAUCGGGCAGCGAACCGCUUGGAGCACUCUGACCCGCGACCUGCUCACCGACCUCAGGAAGGGCGUCGGACUGUCCAACACCAAGGCCGUGAAGGCCACAAAGAUCAUGCCCAGACGGGUGGUGCGAUUAGUCCUACACGGACGUGGCUUUGUUGACAACAUCACCAUCUCCACCACUGCCCACAUGGCCGCCUUCUUCGCCGCCAGCGACUGGCUGCUGCGCAACCAGGAUGAACGUGGCGGCUGGCCCAUCAUGGUUACGCGUAAACUGGGUGAAGGCUUCCGGCCUCUGGAGCCCGGCUGGUACUCAGCCAUGGCCCAGGGCCAGGCCAUGUCCACCCUGGUGAGAGCCUACCUCCUCACUAAGGACCAGGCUUACCUCAACGCUGCCCUCAAGGCAGUUGGACCCUACAAGGUGCCUUCAGCGCAGCACGGGGUCAAAGCUGUGUUCAUGAACAAAUACGACUGGUAUGAAGAAUACCCCACCACGCCCAGCUCCUUUGUCCUCAACGGCUUCAUCUACUCCCUGCUGGGACUCUACGAUUUGACUGAGACAGCUGGCGAGAAGCUUGGCAGGGAGGCCGGGCAGCUGUUCAGCCGUGGCAUGGAGUCACUGAAGGCUAUGCUGCCGCUCUUUGACACUGGGUCUGGGAGCAUCUAUGACCUACGCCACUUCAUGCUGGGCACUGCGCCCAACCUGGCACGCUGGGACUAUCACACCACACAUAUUAACCAGCUACAGCUGCUGGCAUCCAUAGACAACGCCCCCAUCUUCAAGGAUGUGGUGAAGCGCUGGAAAAAUUACUUAAAAGGGAUUCGUGCCAAGCACAACUAGACAAACUGUAACCCAGAUAUAGUAUAGAGCUGAGAUGAUGACUGAAAAGAGGUUGAGUAUAGUGUAUGUGUGAGAAUUGAAUGAAUGAUUUGAAUGUGAGAAGGAGGCUCAUAUCGUGCGUCCCAGUUUUGGUCGAGGUUCAUAAUCUAAAGGAUGAGUUCAGUCAGCUGCAGCUCUCAAAGUUUCUCGUGUGCUCUGUUGCAGGUUUUAUAUUUUCUGCAACAUCGAUUGUAGCUCUCCUCUCUUCUUUUUUUUCCUUGAGCUAGUGUUUGUAAUUAUGCACAGACCUAGUUUCAGAGUGUGUUUUUUUUUUGUGUUCAGGAAGAACGUGUGCGGAUGUGUUGUUUAAAAUAACAAUAUAUGAUGUUAGAGAAAGAUGAAACUGCUUGAAUAGUUUAAACAGAAUCACAUGUUUCCGACAUUCUUUGAUGCAUCCACCACAAGUCUCUUCUGCAGUUGUAUUUUUUUACCAUUUCAUCCCAGAUUUACAAAGUUUAUUGCAGCAAAUAAACUGUAAAUAACAGAAUAUAUUAUAAAUUAUUUGGAGGAGGGUGUCGGCAAAAAAACCCAAUAAUCUUAUCAAUAUAAAAUACUUCAACAUUUUGGAUUUUAUAACAGUUUUUUUUCAAAUGUCAUAGCCUUAAAAACUCUAAGAAGUUUUAUAUCAGUAUGUUAUGUUUUUUUAGUAGAUCAUGUUUAAGCUGUUAGAUGAGAGAAAAUCAUUUGGUCAUCUUUACAGAAAGGCCGAGGAGCCGAAUGCUCUACGCUUCUAAACUGGUGGAUUUCAUUUCUUUUCUGUUGUCCGUUCUCAUGAAAUACAGAUAUAUAAUAACAAAUAAUUUUAAUCAGUUGAGAUAUGUUGACACUUCAGGUAGCUUAACUCAUUUUAAAUCAUUUUUCCAUUGACAUAAAUAUAAGAAGUAUUAUACUUUACCUGUCAGGCUGCUUGAAAUCAGCUCAGAGGAACCAAACCACUAUGUUUGAUUUAAUGGUUAAACCAGUUCCACUACCAGCUAGACUACCUGGGUCCUUCCCAUAAUUCUACUGUGCUUAGCUUACACUAACUGGCCAAGGGUGCUGGCCAAGAGUGCAUUGUCAUGUGACUUGCACUGGGACCAGGUUGUGCUUCAGCUGAAGUGUUGCAGACUGCAGGUAGCAUGCUGCCACAACAUUAGUGGUCCUCAUCAGUCCUAAAACAAUCCUAAUUAAUAAUUUAGCCUGAUUAGCUGCCAGUGCUGAGGUGCUGUUAUAAAAUACUUUAAGAUGAGAUGCUUUUUGUGCAUAUGCCAUCGCAGAAGGAAUACUUAGUUCUGCAUCACUUUGAGUUCAGCUCAGUUAGUGAAACAUGUGUCUGCCACUCCGGAGAUCCUGGGUUGUGAUCUCAGCUGAGCCAAUUAGGCACCAAGCUGAUGACAAAUUAAUGUUUGCUGGAGAACAGCAGCUGAGAAAUGAGCCACUAGAUUCAUUGAUCAGGAAACACUGCCCCUCUGUUAGAGAGCAGUUGUGAUCUAGAUUGAGUCACAUAUGUUUAUCUUUUUCAUCGGUCUUGAAAUGAAUCCCCAGUGUGCGGACUUUAAAUAUGUACACACAUGUACAGUAAGCUGUCUGAUCAUAUAAUCAAUCAUUUUCAUCUGUUCAGACAAGCGACUGCACAUGUAAAAGAGUCAAUCCUGGCUGACUCACGUUUAUAAUUGAAUUAAUGUCAAUUAAUAUGCACUGUACCUGAUGGAUAAGAUGAAUACAGUAGAAAAAUCCACUAAAGUGUCACACAGAUCAGCGUAGAGCCUCUGGUGUAAUUUUAUAAAGAUUUCUUCAUCCCAUUCAUCCCAUAGUGAUAAUAAGAGAUACACACAGGGCAUAACUUUGAACUGAAACUUCCUUUAAAGCCAAACAUUAGCUUUUGGUAAAUCCUCUGACCCGUCAUCACUUAAACAUUAAAAUCUUAAUUUCUCUGGGUUUGAACACUAUUAGUUGUAGCUACAUUUUCACUCAUUCUCACGCUCCCAUCUUGACCGUUUGAGGUUGUUGUUUACUUGGAAGCUCAUCUGAAAAGGUCUUUUUCUAUUACUCAUGUUUCCAGAUGAUUAUUGCAGGAUACAAGUGUAGGUGGUGGCAGAUGCCUGUGUUGUGUAUUCGGGUAGAAAUGCAUGUGGGCAGCAGCUGCAUCUCACUAGCAUGUCAGUUUAUAACAUUUAAAUAGACAAUGCCAAGAGUACUGAAGCCCGAGGUAAAUUCUUGACAAACAUAAAGAGCCUGCCAGUCCCAGUGGGCUCUCGUUUCUCCUCUCAGCUGCCGUGGGUGCAUGAACUCGCUGUUUUUAAUCCAAGCGCUGCCCUGUUGACCGCUGUACGAGGAGAAACAGGCUCGCCAAGACACCAACAAUUCACCCGGCUAAUAGGCUGGAGAGCCUGCACGCAGUAGCUAGACGGGGAUGAGUCAGCGCUUACCGGCAUCAACACGCACACAAACAAAACAAAGUGGAGCCCUCAGCAUCAAUGAGGCUUUCAUCGAUCUACCUUAAAGAUUAUCAAUGGGAGGCAGGAGAAUCACAGGAAUCAGGCUCCUCUGAAGUGUGGAGGGCGGAUUCUCUGAGGUCAUUUUCAUAAACACUGGUGUAAUCUUUGAGGUGUAAACAUUUUCCCAGACAGUCUGCUCGCAGCUUGUCAUUGUGUGAUCUGCCAAGAAUGAAUCAAAGAAACGCCAGGAUGUAACAUCAGCUAGAAAAAAAAAAGAGAGACGGCUGAGUCGCUUUAGGUCAAAGUCCUUCAGGUACCUCUAUCUAACCUCACAGCUUCAUCUGCGACUUCUUGCAUUCAGAACUAAGUGAGAUUUCACAGCAGAGUAUCAGGGCCACUGUAAAGAAAAAAUGUAUAAUAAAGUUACAAAAAAUAAUGAUAUAUUUCUAGAAUAAAGUCUGAACAUUUCAUGAAAUAAGUCCUAAUAUUAUGAGUAAUAUUAUAAGAUUUAUGACUCUCUGGACAUGAGUCUGGACAAAAAGUCUUUUGCAAGAAAAACUGUAACUGUACGGUAAAUAAGUCAGGAAAAUGUAAUCCAGUGUACCCAGUUUAAUCAUAACAUACAGAAUUUUGUUCUCAAAGCAACCUUUUCUCGUAAUACUCUGACUUUAAAUUGAUAAAUAUAACUAUUUUCUUGAGAUAUGACCUUUUAAAAAAAUAAAGUCACGACUUUUUCUUGAAUUCACAACAUUUUUCUCAAAAUAUUUUGACUUUAUUCUCGAUUUUCUUUUCUGAAAAGUGGCCCUAAUCCUCCAUCAUAAAGGUUUAUACUGUGGAUGUUCUGUUUUAAAGGCAGAGAAGAGGUAUGAGUGUAGGUUUUGUUAAUCCCAGUAGAUCUACACUUGAUGAACCUUGAUUUCUUCAUUUCACAGUGGCAUUUUUCUUCCCAUGAACACUUGCAUAGUUCAUACUUUACAAUUUUGACAGGACAAGUAGAAAUAUGUCGUUUAAAUGGAAACUGAGCAUUCAGGAAAGGAAGUUGUGUAUGUAUGUAUGUGUGUGUGUGUAUGUGUGUAACUAUCUCCAUUUUGUUUAUACCAAAGUCAUUGAUUUGAAUUUGUAUAUUUUUGUGUGAACCGAUUUCCAUUCAGCAUUUAAUGAUUUUAAGUCUCCUUGGAGAUGUCACGAAGAGACACUGCCUUUUGAGAAAUGCUAGUUUUUCAAACGUAGGUUGAAUAGAUAAUUGCAAAAACAAGAUAUGUAAAACUUGCUUAUCGUAAAAGGGGACGUGUGCAACUAGAGAUUAGCAUUUAGUCAGCUACUGUUUUAAAGGGAAAUGAGCCAAUAGCUGCAAAUUCUCCUACAAAGUUUCUUUUUUUUUUUAAAUUUCUUUUUGAAGUGUGUGUGUUUGCAUCAUUCAUCAUUUGUUGGAAUCAUUUGCAAAUGUGUCGGAUGUUUUGCUAGAUAGACGAAAGCACAACUGCCGUUUCUGUUACAUGAUUUUGGUUUUUAUUUCUUUUGGAUGACUUUGUUUUUGUUUCAGGACAAUGUGCAACGCCUUCAUUAAGAAAGCUGCUAUUAUUGUUCACUGUGUAAUAGGUAUAAGAGUUUCUUUCUCCUCAUUUUCUCUGUCUUUCCACUAUUUGUUUUAAAGACUUCAACAUAUGACCACUGAGGUCAAAUGUGAUUUAUGCAAUAAAAUGUUUACUGGGGUUGUGUCACCACAGGAGACCCAGAGUGGUUGUACAGACUUUGCAAUCCAAGCACAAUGUGCAAACGCUACCAUUUUUUAGUCUAAGGAAGAGAGGUGUUUAUAUACAGAGUAAAUCUUUGUGCUUUAAAACUUGCUUUUUAAAGGUGUAAAAAAAAAUUAAAAAUAAUUUUUCUUAAA